AUGUAUGGGCUCGACAUAAACGGCGAUAAAGCCAAGUGGCGCAAGAAACCUAGCAAAAUAAAUUCACAGAGCAAAAUAUUUUCGGACGCUAAUAAGCUGGCGAGCGGUGGCGGUGGCGGACGCGGGCUGUUCUGCUACCACUGCCCGCCCAGCUUGCCGCCGCACCAGCAUCGCCUGCCCACCCUAGAGUAUCCCUUCACUGCCUCGCAUCCCUACACAAGCUACUCGUACCACCCGGCGAUACACGAUGACACGUUCGUUCGUCGGAAACAGCGACGCAACCGCACCACCUUCACCUUGCAACAGUUGGAGGAGCUGGAAACUGCGUUUGCGCAGACACACUACCCCGACGUGUUCACGAGAGAAGAUCUCGCGCUCAAGAUCAACCUCACGGAGGCUAGAGUACAGGUGUGGUUCCAGAACCGGCGAGCGAAAUGGAGGAAAGCAGAGCGAUUGAAGGAAGAGCAGAGGAAGAGGGAGGGCGAUGUGCUGACUAAGAGGGACCCCGCCGAUGAUAAGGGUUCAUCAGAAUGCGGCAUGUCCCGGGGUUCGGCGGAGGCGUCACCCGUGUCCGGAGCGGCGGUGUCACCCCGUGCAUCACCUCCCGUCACCCCCGGCUCGCCUCGACGUUCCCCGCUGCGAUCGCCUAAUAGAUCACCCAAUAGAUCGCCACGGCAUGAGAGGUCUGAAGCCAGCUGCCCAUCUCCCGCGCCCUCAGUGGGCAGUGCGAGUUCAAGAGACGGCGCUAUGGACCAGCGUCCUCCUCACCACAUCUUCUCACCUUUCGACCACGGGCAGUCGCCCAACGUUGGGCAGACUCCGCUGCAAUGCUUCGCCACUCUGUUCGAUCUCCGCACGGGCGCAUUCCGCACGUCCCCGGGCGGCGCGGGCGAGCCGCCGCCGGCGCCGCCGCCGCCGCUGUUCCUGCCGCCGCAUCUGUCGCAUCUGUCGCAACACCUCAACCACUUGUCGCAGCCUUUCUUCCCGCUUAAAGGUUGGGGCGCCCCCUGUCCUUGCUGCCCCAAAGAAGAAGCGCGCUCCUCCAGCGUGGCCGAGCUCAGGCGCAAGGCUCACGAGCACUCCGCCGCACUUCUGCACCAGCUCGCGAGCUUCCAGUCUCGAGCGCUCUUACCUCUGCCUCUGCCGCUGCCGUUACCGCCUCUGCCGUUACUGCCCCAUGACGGCCAGCAAGCACAAAGCCACGAGCCACCUAAACAUCAGGAGUGAAGAGUGGCUUCUUCU